GCGCGCUCUCCUCCGCUUCUUCGUGCUCCACCAGCGACUCGUGUGUGACGGGGUGCAUCAACGCACCAGCCUGAUCAGUGACCUUUCUUGUUAUGAGUCUGGCGGCGUCUUCUUCCAGCACCGGCAUGGCUGCCAUGGUCACUGCCGCCCUGCUUCCGCCGCCUGCGGAGAUCAACAAUACUCACAAGGUCUAUUCUGUCGCUGUGGGAUGUAUCAUCUUGGGGAUUAUUGCGGCGUUUGUCGUGCUGGCGCGGCUCUUUCAGCGCUGGCGCACGGGUGCCUUUGGGGCUGAUGACUAUUGCAUUAUGCCUGGUCUGGUGCUCUACCUCGGCUGGACCACGAUGGCUGCCUACGUCAACCUCCACGCAGGAGUCGGCAAACCGCUCUGGGAGAUCACCUUGGCGGAGUACACGAUCUGGUAUCAGGGCAUUGUGGGGAGUGCCUUUCUCUACCCAGCCAUGAGUGCGACGAUCCGGAGCUCUGUGAUCCUCCUCUACCGCCGCACUUUUGCCGCCUCCUACCCUGGGAUGCUCCUGGCUAUCUGGACCCUGCUCGGUUGCCAGAUGAUCUACGUGAUCGUUUUCACCGUCAUCGAGGGAUUCAUCUGCACUCCCUUCUCAGCGGCCUGGACGAAUCCCUUGCUCCGCGAGCAACACUGCAAUGAUUGGCGGUACUACUACAUUCAGGUGGCGCUGUUCAGUUGCAGCAUGUCGUUCGAUGCAAUCUUACUGGUCCUGCCGAUCUACCCGGUGUCGAAGCUGCAGAUGCCGCUCCAGAAACGGAUCGGUGUCGGGGCCGUGUUGAUUCUGGGGGCUGCAGCCAGCAUUGCAGCUGCUUAUAAGCUGGGGGUUUUUGUCGACCAGAUGAAUCGAAUUGAUUCAAUCAAUCCAUAUUGGCUACAAUACGCGAUGAGCCGGGUGACGCCCCCGCAAUUUGACAAAUAUGGUCUCACCUUCUGGAUCCCUUCCCAGGUGGAACCGUGCGUGGGGCUGAUCGGCGCCUCCCUCCCCGCCCUGCGGGGGCUCAUUGUGGACCGAUUCAAACAACUCAGCUCGGCCGUCUACUUCUCGCGGAAGGGGUUGGUCAGCAGCGACCCGCCGUACGAGGCCCAUCCCUCGGGCCAGUUCCGGCGGGGAGACACGACUGCAGUCAAGAGUGGUGGCAGUGGUGGGAGAGAUGAUGCGGUCUUGCUGCGUAGUGAAUAUGUGGAGUUGGCGGAUCGCGUCUGAGGUGUACAUACUGUACCUACUACUCUUUCCCCCUCUUUUUCUCUUGGGUUGUAUCUUUUUUCUGUUGGUUCCUCUUGGUGGGUUUAUUCCCCUUCCUGGUCAGAUAAUUUAUAAUUCCUACUGCUCG